GUGGUGAUGUCAUGCAGGCAAGAUGGCGGAAGGGGAGGACGUGGGCUGGUGGCGGAGCUGGCUGCAGCAGAGCUACCAGGCAGUCAAGGAGAAGUCCUCUGAAGCCUUGGAGUUCAUGAAGCGAGACCUGACAGAGUUUACCCAGGUGGUGCAGCAUGACACGGCUUGUACCAUUGCAGCCACAGCCAGCGUGGUCAAGGAGAAGCUCGCUACUGAAGGUUCCUCGGGGGCAACAGAGAAAAUGAAGAAGGGGUUGUCUGACUUCCUAGGGGUCAUCUCCGACACCUUUGCUCCCUCACCAGACAAAACCAUAGACUGCGAUGUCAUCACCCUGAUGGGCACACCCUCUGGUACAGCCGAGCCUUAUGAUGGCACCAAGGCUCGCCUCUAUAGCCUACAGUCAGACCCGGCAACCUACUGCAAUGAACCAGAUGGACCCCCGGAACUGUUUGAUGCCUGGCUUUCCCAGUUCUGCUUGGAAGAGAAGAAGGGGGAGAUCUCAGAGCUUCUUGUAGGCAGCCCCUCCAUCCGGGCCCUCUACACCAAGAUGGUCCCAGCAGCUGUUUCCCAUGCAGAAUUUUGGCAUCGAUAUUUCUAUAAAGUCCAUCAACUAGAGCAGGAGCAGGCCCGGAGGGAUGCCCUGAAGCAACGGGCAGAACAGAGCAUCUCUGAAGAGCCUGGCUGGGAGGAGGAAGAAGAGGAGCUUGUGAGCAUUUCAUCUACAUCUCCAAAAGAGGCAAAGGUUUCUGUGGCCAAAACUUCCACAUCCCCUGAAGGAGGACCUGGCCCCCUGAGCCCCUGUGAAGAGAAUCCAGUGACUCCAGCUGAGCCUCCUAGAGAGGUGACUCCAUCAGAGAGCAGUGAGAGCAUCUCCCUUGUAACACAGGUUGCCAAACCUGCCACUGCAGCUGAGGCACCAGUGCUGCCCAAGGACCUGUCUCAAAAGCUUCUAGAGGCAUCUUUGGAGGAACAGGGCCUGGCUGUGGAUGUGGGUGAGACUGGACCUCCACCCCCAGCUCAGUUCAAGCCCCAUACCCCUGCUGGCCGUCCCACUGGCCCAGAGCCCAGGCCUCCAGCCAGAGUAGAGACUCUGAGGGAGGAGGUACUCACAGACUUACGGGUGUUUGAGCUGAACUCGGAUAGUGGGAAGUCUACACCCUCUAACAAUGGAAAGAAAGGCUCAAGCACAGAUAUCAGCGAGGACUGGGAAAAGGACUUUGACUUGGACAUGACUGAAGAAGAAGUACAGAUAGCACUCUCCAAAGUGGAUGCCUCUGGGGAGCUGGAAGAUGUAGAGUGGGAGGACUGGGAAUGAGGGGAGCCAGAGCGUACAGCUCCCCCACCCACAGAACCUCCCACCCCUUCGCUCGUCUCAGCCCAGCCCUGGAAGACACUGACUGAGAAUGUUUCCCCAAUGGCCUCUGUCAACCAGAGUUCUGGGCACAGAUUCUGGGUGGCUCCUUGCUGGUCCUUUGGGCCUCUGCUCAUAUCUGGGAAGGGGCUCACUAAAUCCAAACCAGAAACUCUGACUUGUGCCAACUAUAGGAUGAUUCAAGGGGGAGGAAACCUACCCCCGACACCAGAAGAGCCUACAUUUCUCUGCUGAACACCCACUGUUCUUGGGGACUCUUGCUGGGAAAUCCCAAGGGAUAACUCUAGCCCUUCUACCUGUGUAGACAGAUGCUAAGCACCAGUCUCUUGGAGGAAGCUGAGACAACACUCUGUCCCAUCCAUAAGCAGGCAAGGAAGGUCAUCCCACCUGUCCUUGACUAGACAGGGAUGGCUAGCACAUUUUGGUUCCUAGCCCAGUGAGUAAGAGGCAUUCGUCUCUGGGAAACUUGCCUCUCUUUGGGGAUCUCCCCCUCCCAGGCAUUUUCCAUUCCCAGAAAGGUUCCUUGUGGUUCCGAAUCUAGAGACCAAACCCUGAGUCCCCACCUCCUUCCUUUUGUUCAGCCCAGGCUGGUAUGUCCCCAAUGCCUCUCCCAGGGCUUCUUCAUGUCAAAUGCACCCAAGUCCUUAGCCCAGCUGUGCCACCUGCAAGAGUCUGCUCUUGCAUUUCUUCCCCUCCCCAAGAAGGGAGGGGGUCACUUCAGGCCCUUCUGUGCAUUGCCUGGCGGGAUACCUUGUCCAACCAGCUACCCACCUCGACCUCCCCGUAGCUUAGGACACAAGCCAGCUACCAGCGGUACAGAGCAGUGAUCAAAGCCGAGUACUUACACCUCUGGUAAGCCCAACUUCUCCACCUCAACCCUUCUGCUUCUUGAAGGGAUAUGCUGGGGGUGAACCUCUUGAGACUCUCAUCAGGCUUCUGCAAAAGCUCUUCCUCCUGAAGACAGACCCAGUCUUUGUGGCUCUCACCCUCCACUCUGGUAAAGCUGUUCCUCUCUUGGGGGAAUGAGGGGCUGCAGG